GCCAUCUGAAUACUAAGCCAAGGCAGAGCGCUCCUGAAGUAGCAACUUUAAGUGGCAGUGUUUAUUCUGAAAUCUUCAGACAGCCAGACUGUCUUAGACAAAUCUUGAUAAAAGAGUCCUUAUCCAGGUUUUUACCUAAGGAAUCCCAAGACGACCGGAGGAUGGAGAGACAGCAAAGGUUCAUGUUAGAGAAGGAUGAGUAUCAGUUUCAGCAUCAGGGAGCGGUGGAGCUGCUUGUCUUUAAUUUUUUGCUCAUCCUUACCAUUUUGACAAUCUGGUUAUUUAAAAAUCAUCGAUUUCGCUUCUUGCAUGAAACCGGAGGAGCAAUGGUGUAUGGCCUCAUAAUGGGAUUGAUCUUACGAUAUGCUACAGCACCAACAGAUAUUGAAAGUGGAACUGUGUAUGAUUGUGGCAAACUGACCUUCAGUCCAUCAACUCUGCUGAUUAAUAUCACUGACCAAGUUUAUGAAUAUAAAUACAAAAGAGAAAUAAGCCAGCAUAACAUCAAUCCUCACCAAGGCAAUGCUAUACUUGAAAAGAUGACAUUUGAUCCAGAAAUAUUCUUCAACGUUUUACUGCCACCAAUUAUAUUUCACGCAGGAUACAGCCUGAAGAAGAGACACUUUUUUCAAAACUUAGGAUCUAUUUUAACAUAUGCCUUCUUGGGAACUGCCAUCUCCUGUAUCGUCAUAGGGUGCCACAAAUCUACAUCUGAGAAAAGCAAAUAUUUUCUUUUGACCACAACCAAUGACAAAUCCAUGGCUGUGUUUCAGCUAACUCUGCAUAUUUGUGUAUGUUUCCUCCUAGUGACAGUGCUGGCCAUUUUCCAUGAACUGCACGUUGACCCUGACCUGUACACACUCCUGUUUGGGGAAAGUGUGUUGAAUGAUGCAGUGGCCAUUGUCCUCACAUAUUCUAUAUCCAUUUACAGCCCCAAGGAGAAUCCAAACGCAUUUGAUGCUGCAGCGUUCUUCCAGUCCGUGGGGAAUUUCCUGGGGAUCUUCGCCGGCUCAUUUGCAAUGGGGUCUGCAUAUGCCGUUGUCACCGCACUGUUGACCAAAUUUACCAAACUCUGUGAGUUCCCUAUGCUGGAAACCGGCCUGUUUUUCCUCCUGUCUUGGAGCGCCUUCCUGUCUGCAGAGGCUGCCGGCCUGACAGGAAUAGUUGCUGUUCUCUUCUGUGGAGUCACACAGGCACAUUAUACCUACAACAAUCUGUCAUCGGAUUCCAAAAUGAGGACUAAACAGUUGUUUGAAUUUAUGAACUUCUUGGCCGAAAAUGUCAUCUUCUGUUACAUGGGCCUGGCGCUGUUCACGUUCCAGAAUCAUAUCUUUAAUGCUCUUUUUAUACUCGGAGCCUUUCUCGCAAUUUUUGUUGCCAGAGCCUGCAACAUAUAUCCCCUCUCCUUCCUCCUGAAUCUGGGCCGGAAACAGAAGAUCCCCUGGAAUUUUCAACACAUGAUGAUGUUUUCAGGUUUGCGAGGAGCAAUAGCAUUUGCCCUAGCUAUUCGGGACACAGAAUCUCAGCCCAAACAAAUGAUGUUUACCACCACACUGCUCCUUGUGUUCUUCACAGUCUGGGUGUUUGGAGGAGGAACAACCCCCAUGCUGACUUGGCUUCAGAUCAGAGUUGGUGUGGACCUGGAUGAAGAUCUGAAGGAGGAACCCACCUCACACCAGGAAGCAAAUAACUUGGAUAAAAACACAACCAAAACAGAGAGUGCUUGGCUCUUCAGAAUGUGGUACAGCUUUGACCACAAAUAUCUGAAACCAAUUUUAACCCACGCUGGUCCUCCGCUGACCACAACAUUACCUGAAUGGUGCGGUCCAAUUUCCAGGCUGCUCACCAGUCCACAGGCCUACGGGGAACAGCUCAAAGAGGACGAUGUGGAAUGCAUUGUGAAUCAGGACCAACUGGCAAUGAGUUACCAGGAGCAAGCCACCUCACCCUGCAGCCUUCCUGCGAGCCUGGGUCUGGACCGGAAAGCUUCCCCGCACACUCCAAGCAAAGACAACAUUUACGAGGGGGACCUCGGCUUGGGAGGCUACGAACUCAAGCUUGAGCAGACCCCCGGUCAGUCCCAGCUGAACUAAUGGUGAACGGUGCAGGUGUAAUCCCAAGUCAUGAGGGGCUCACGGAGGAAUAGGAGCCAAGCUGGGGAGGCAGUGCAGGGGAGAGGCUGGACGGUGCAGUAAGGGCAGACAUUGGAGAGAAUCAAAACCUUGUCACAAGUAUCCCUGGUGCCUGAAGAAGUGAGAGUUUAUUAUCAUCCUUCUAUACUAUGCAACUGAAUUUAAGUUUUUGACAGCAGCCACUUUCAUUAGUGAAUGGGGGGGGUGGAGAAGGGAGGGAGUCGGGAGUCUAGCUGCUGCAAGGAUGGAACAGAGGUGCUGGGUCUGCAGGGGUUUCUUUUCGGUAUGUAGCUCUCCAGGCCCCUCACUUUGAUUUCAGAUGUUAUUCCUUCCAUUAGGGAGAAUUUAAAAAUCAGAAAAAAAGUUUCUGAGCAUAAACAUGUGGGCUCCUAAGCUGAAGGGAAUGCCAGUUAUUUACUAAGUGAAAUUGUUAUAUUACAAAGACCUAGACUCCCACUUGUUCUUAAUGACUUCAGGGCCAUUUGCAAAGCCCACACAAGGGAUCGAUACCACUGUCGAUGGCCUCUCAGCACCCAUGCUGGGUGCUGACCCGCUGUUCUGCUGGCGUUCUUUUCAAGCCGCUUCUCCUACUGAAGGAAGGGGGUGCUUACAGCUGGGCGUAUGCUGCACCCAUGCAGCUCUGCUUUCCAACUAAGACCCCUUCCAGGGAGAGCUGUUUUCUUUCCUCCCUACUAUAUUUUAUCUGAAGAACGAGCCUUCCUGUCCCUGCUUGCAUUUGAAUCACUUCUUGGCCCUGUGGCUGGUCCCCUCUGUCUGCUGUACAGGUUGUUCUCCACAUGGCAGGAGCCAGCGCAGGCAUCCCGACCUGUCCUCCGAUCCCAACCCUCACAGCUGCUGAGCAAAAGCAGAAGCUAGCAGAGCAGAGCUGAUGAUGCGGAGACCAUACUGAGGAGUCAGGGACGCAGCAUCACGACCCCCCUUACGAGAGGUGGCGCAUGGUCCAUGACAGAGGGACCAACACAAUAGCUUUUAAUUCAGCUGCAUGACCUGUGCCUUUUAAGCCAUAAAGAUACCUCAAGCCUAGCUUCUCUUGAAAUACAGAUGUGUUAAUAUUAGAUUCCAAAACAGCAGGCUCCAGUCUUCAGUGCCCAGGCUCUGACGGGUCUGCUUCUGAAGGAGGUAGGGAAUAUGUCUUCCUCAGGCCCAAAGCUCAGAAGUAACAUAUGCUUUGCUAACCAGUUGUUAGGCUCUUAACCAUGGCGGUGUCAGGCACACUGCUAUGUACAGCGAUUUUCUUACUUUCCGAACAGUACAGGGCACAAAUUGUUUUGUACUCCGCUAAGUAUAAUCUGGUCAUUCCAGGUAAAUAUGGCAAAUGGCAAAGCAUGAAGUUUUCUAACGUGACUUAACCCUAAUAAACUUUUGUUAUAAA